CUAUGGCUUGGGUUGUUCAACACUGGCUCAGACCUCAGUGUAUCCUUUGUGCUGCUUUUUGUUGUUAUUUCACCGUUUUCUGCAUUAUCCUUAUUCGCAUAGUUUUUGGUUGUUUUUGUGUUGUUUUAGUUGGUUUUGAACACCCUGAGUUAUUUGCACGGGCGCGCCUCACAGCAAAAUGGGAUCCAACAAGUGGAGCUCCUGAUUGCGAGGCAGAGUAUCUAUACCAGAAGCAAAACAAUAGAAUUUGGCUCGGUCCCAAGGAGCACCCACCAGCCCAAGGUUAUUUGAGACUGUUCCAUCCGCCAAAAAUGCUCUGAAAAAGAAAGUCGAGCAGGGGCUGACCCCACUAUGCCAAGAGGCUGAAGUUACUACACCCGACUGACAUGCUGUGCUUCGACUCGGAAAGGAUGAACUGGUAUUACCACGUCCUGGCCAGACGUCCAUAUUUGGUCGUCGUGUCCAUCGCCGUCUACUGCGUGGCCUGCAUCAUAGUGGCGCUCGUCCUCAAUAAGAUGCCCGACUUCAGCGAUCCCACAUUGGGCUUCGAAACGCGCGGCACCAAGAUAGGAAAUCGGCUGACGGCCUGGUACAACCUGCUGCAGGAGACCGACCACCACGGGAUGCUCUUCUCGAACCCAUCGGAUCUGUGGGAGAAAAGGCGAGUGGAACUGGGCUUUGUGGAAACCAGGCUGCAUCCGAAUCACAAGCGCCGCAAGAACAAGCACAGAAACAGAAACAAGAACAAGCGGCGCAAGGAGCAGAAUCAGAGCAGCCACGAACACCACGAUGUGGCCCAAAAGGUGAUGCAGUUCAAGAAGCGGCUGAAGGCUACGAGCGCUCCAACCGCGAAUCAUGCCGUGGACACCUGGAUGGGCGACAGCGGAGUGUUUCGGGACUACGAGAUCACAAACGACAGCGCUUCGUCCGCUCUGGAACCCACACGACGCACUGAGCAGAUCGAGUAUGGACACAACACCACGUCCGUGGACGAGGACGAGCACCGGGAGCGGGUGCAGACCAAAAAGAGCACUUGGCGGCUGCUGAAACAGGCCGCCACCCUGCCCACCGACGGUUGGGCGGACGUGCACCGUCGCCAGCCCAUCGAGGGCUUCUUUUGCGACUCCUCGCCGCGAAAGGAGUACUCCCACUUUGUGGUCCAGCGAAUCGGCCCCAACGCCACGGACUCGCUGUUCGACUUGAACGGCCUGCUGGCCAUGUGCCAGCUGCAGGACCAGAUCACCGAGGUGCCCAGCUACCGGGCCUUCUGCGAACCGGAGAUGCUCACCACCGAAUGCUGUCGGCCGUGGUCGCUGCCCAACUACGCCGCCAUGCUGGCGAACAAAAGUUCCUGCUUCGACCUCACCGCAGAUGAUGUUACCUCGCUGCAGACCCUGCUCUCCAAUUGCUACGAGUACUUCCACGACCUAAAGAUGGACAACCACUGCAACGAGAUUCCGCACUGUCGUGCUCCUGAAGAGUGCAAACGACUUAAUAUUGUCUUUAACGUCCUGAAUUUUCUCACUGACUUCAGCUUCAUAAAAUCGAAUGACUCCAACGUAUACCUGAAAUACGCCAUGAUUUUUGUGCCGGUGGCGCAGUCCAAUCGAGUGCUACCUCUGUUCCACGAAUGGGAAGACGUGGAGCUGAGCAACGAACUUGUGGAGGUAAUCGCCAUGGAUCUGGGCCUCGAGAACGAGCUCUUUAACGAGCUGCUGCUGACGGAUGUCUGGCUGGUUUCCCUUGGAGGGGCUUUCGUCAUGGCCAGCGUUUGGUUGUACACGGGAUCGGCUUUCAUUACCCUAAUGUCGUGCAUCGCCAUCUGCUUCUCGCUGGGACUAGCGUACUUUUUCUACGCCAUCGUCUUGGAGUUCGAGUUCUUCCCCUACAUGAACCUCCUGGCCGUGGUGGUGAUAAUUGGCAUUGGAGCAGACGACGUAUUUUUAUUUCUCAAAAUCUGGCAGUGUGUGCUGGCCGAGAGGUUCAGCAACCGAUGCACCUUGUCCACACAGUCCCAGAGUGCUCUGCCCACGCCCCUGGAGCUCAGCGAUCACACAGAGUCGUUGGAGAACAUCAUGGCACUGACAAUGAGGCACGCUGCUGCCUCCAUGUUCGUCACCUCGCUCACCACCGCCGGCGCAUUUUACGCCUCCUACAGCAGCUCCAUAACGGCCAUCAAGUGCUUCGGAGUUUUCGCUGGAACGGUUGUGGUGACGAAUUACUUGCUUAUGAUCACUUGGCUUCCCGCUUCGGUCUCCAUCAUGGAACGACUCUUUGCCACCAGGAUUUCCUGCAGGCACCCGAUGUCCCAGAAGCUGAUCCACGCCUGCAAAAAGUCAAUUAAUAGAUUUUGCAUAAUGUUUGAGGAGUGCAUUACGCACAGCAUCAUGAACUACGCUCUUUUGUGGCUGCUUAUCUUUGGAGCUUUAGGCGCGUCCAGCGCCGUCAUUGUGUUCUGGUAUCCAGGACUCCAGCUGCCGGAGAAAUCGCACUUCCAGCUCUUCGUCUCAAAGCAUCCGUUUGAGAUGUACUCGAGCCUGAAGCAGCAGUUCUGGUUCGAGAAGCCGUUGCAGGCGUACGAGAACUUCAAGAUGCACAUGCACUUCGUUUGGGGCGUCCAGGCAGUGGACGAUGGCGACUACACGAAUCCGAAUUCCUACGGCAACCUACACUACGACAAUAAUUUUAAUAUAUCCAGCAGGCCGGCGCAACUCUGGAUCCUUGACUUUUGCCAGAGUGUGCGCCAGCAACCCUUUUACAAAGAGACCUUGGGAAUGCUGCUGCCCAAUUGUUUUAUUGAAAACCUUAUCGAUUAUAUGAAGCGCAGAUGCAUCGAUGAUAUGGACAUUACGCGGAGGGAUCGUUCGCCCUGCUGCGACGCCCAGUUUCCCUUCGACCCGCACAUAUUCGAGCAUUGCUUGCCACAGAGCAUAUCCAACAUGUACGACAACUUUUUUCGGCCCGGCGUGGCAGGACCCAAGUUUGCAGAAGCUCCUCGACUGGACGCGGAGGAUUACCUAGGAAUGGGUGGAAACGAGAGCGCAGAGUACGGCACCAACGGAUCGUUCACACCGCUGACGGCCAAAGUCCUGAUUAUCGAGUUUGAAUCCAAUGUGGCCUACAGUACCAUCUACGCAAAUAUCAAGCAGUUCUACGAGUCUGUUGAGAACUGGUUUCAGCAGCAGCUGACCACUGCACCAGCGGAACUGCAAGGCGGAUGGUUCACCAGCGACCUAAAGUUCUACAAUGUGCAGGACACACUUUCGCAUGACACCCUGGUGGCCAUUUGCCUGGCCAUGGCUGCAUCGCUGGUGGUGCUGUUAUGCUUUACGGUCAACAUACUUAUUUCCAUCUACGCCGUACUAACCGUGUCGCUGAGCAUUUUCAACACGGUGGCGGUGCUUAUCCUGCUAGGCUGGCAGCUCAACAUUUUGGAGAGCAUCGCGGUGAGCACGGCCAUCGGACUGGCUGUGGACUUUAGUCUGCACUAUGGGAUCCACUACCGGAUGUCGCCGGUAAAGGAGAGAUUAGCCGCCACUCAGUUUGUUCUUUCCCGCAUAAUUGGACCCACUGUGAUGGCGGCCACCACAACGGGACUGGCCGGCGGCAUCAUGAUGGCGUCGAAUAUACUGCCCUACAUACAGAUCGGCGUCUUCCUGGUGGUGGUCAUGAUCGUCAGCUGGUUCUACGCCACCUUUUUCCUGAUGAGCCUGCUGCGCGUGGCUGGUCCGCAGCACGGUUUUCUGGAACUCAAGUGGCCGUUGUGGGGCAAGCGAAACAGCGCCAGCAGCAAGUUCUACGACCGGAAACCCAGCCAGGUGAUCGCCAGCGAGCAACUGUUGACCCCCACAAGCUCGGCCAUAGUGGAGCUGGCCAAUUCCGAGACACACGAGCUGGAGUCGCUCAACUCCAACAGCCUGAUCAAAACUAUUUCGGGCACCGAAAGCGCCCACGCACUGUCCUCGCUGCCGAGAGACUUCGAGCACUCGUUCCAGUCGCUGCGCGAGAGCAAAUAUCAAACGUAUCCGUCUACAUCCAAUUGAGUUAGUUACUAUUGCCGGCCAGCGAGCGUUGUUGUUGCCAAGGGGAAUCAGGCAACUGCAUUUUUAUACAGGGUAUGGCGGCUCAGAGGCCUGCCCGAGAUACAUUUAUAUAAACAUAUACAAACCAUGUGUCGGCAUAUUUAGUUUUAAAAUGUGCGGACCGAGGCAUAUGUACGUUGUGUGAGUUCUACAUUGAUAUACUCUAGAUAUAUGUGUAACUGUACUUGGUAGACUUAAGCAAAGCGAAGCGAAAUCUUGUAAACUCUCCUUAGUGUGCUAUUUCCAAAAGACUUCAGACGGUUGCAAUAUGCUUUUAUUAUUUUGUUAUUGCACGUUUGAUGCUCCAGCCAAGUGAAUACAAUUUGUAAACUGAAGCAAUUAGCGGAGGUACUGGGUACGUCUUUGUCGGUAGGACUGUACGAUGACGGUAUUAUUAGUUUUUAGCCAAACGUUUCAACGCUGUUUAUGUACUUAACUGUAAUCAAAACUAUUUAUACUCCGGAUUUUUAUUAGAUGUUAAGUUGGACCGCUUUGUGGGCGCCAGCAAGAUGUAGUUACUUUAUAUGAUAGUUACAUAUGUACAUGUAUGCGCAGAAAAAUGUGUUGUCUAUCCUAGUUGUAUGCGUUCAAAACAAACCACAAAAAAAACAAACAUACACGCACUCACGUUUGUAAUAACCAUGUAACUGUGAUACAGAAGGUGAGAAACUUAAAGAAAUCGGUGUUUAUACAGACAUAGUGUUAUAACCCCAAACCAUGACGUAUUGUAAUUACCUGCAACUAAAAGGCCCUGUACUUCCUUUAUUGAACUUAUGUGUUGAAGUGAUUUAAUAAAUGUUACUUGUAAAACUUCUUAAAAUAA